AUGAAUGCUAUGGAUGUGGUAGAUGGUCGGCAUUCUUCUGAUAACGAACACCUACCAUGCCUCAGGUCUAAUGCUGUAUCCUCUGGGGGACAUAACCUGUCACCCACCGAUCCCGAUAGCCCAAUGAGCUGGCCGUUUCUCAAAAAGGCUUACGUUUCCGCAACUUCUUUUUUAUUUGUAUUCGUCAUCAUGUACGGAACUACCACAUACACAGCAGCAAUUAGUGCCAUUCCCGCCGCCUUUGGCGUUUCACAGCGUGUCGCUGUUCUAGGCUUCACUUUGCCCUUCUUUGGAGUCUUUUUCGCACCAAUCUAUACUCCGCACCUUUCUGAACGAUACGGCCGCCGACCCAUCUACUUUACCAGUUUUCCCCUCUUCUGUCUCUGUGUCGUGGUUAUUGGCCUUGCAACCAACAUCUCAACGUUGCUUGCUUUUCGUUUUCUUGCUGGUCUAUUUGGUGGUCCUUGUGUAGUCCUGAUUGAGGGUACUUUCGCAGAUGUCUGGCCUGCCCACAAGACGGUGACAUACUAUUCCUUCCUUACUCUUGCUUCCUACCUUGGAGCCGCUUCGGGCCCUAUCAUUGGCGGCUUCGUCUUUGUGGCCAAAGGACCCGCUUGGCUGUCAUGGACGACUCUGAUGUUUGCUACCGCAGCUCUUGCAUUUGGGUCUUUCAUGCCUGAAACCUACGGUCGUGAGAUCCUUAGGACUCGCAUACGCUACAACAGGAGUGGUAUCAUACUGCCGUGUGCUCAAAGCGGUGUCACGCUUGGUGAAAUGACACACAUUACUCUUCUUACGCCACUCAAGAUGCUUUUCACUGAGCCCUUGGUCAUCCUCAUCUCACUCUAUCUCGGUCUGAACUUCGCAGUUGUGUUUCAAUGGUUCAUCUCUGUACCCGCCGCAUUAGGUAUAACCUACGGGUUCGACGUAAAGCAGGCAGGUCUGGCAUUCCUCUCCGCCAUUGCUGGGGUAGUUCUGGCACUUAUCUCGUCAAGCCUGUUAGAAUCUUUACUUUCCAAUCAGGCGAAGCAUGGUAUGAACUACCUAGAGCGACGUCUUUUUCCAGCUAUGUUUGGGUCAAUUUUAGUGGCUGGCUCUCUAUUUUGGGUCGCGUUCACAGCAACGCCCAGCAUUCAUUAUCUGGCUCCUGUUUGCGGUACAGCUGUUUACGUGUGGGGCAAUGCAAUGGUGCUAAUCUCAUUUAUCUCUUACCUUUUCGAUGCGUAUCCUCCAGCUGGAACACUAUCCGCACUUACCACUGCGGCGUGUUUCCGACUGACAUGCGCAGGGGUGGUACCGAUAUUCAUUCUUGACAUAUUGGACAACUUGGGCGGAGCUUGGACCUUUAGUCUGUUUGGGAUCAUUUCUGGCAUCAUGGCCACCUUUCCUUUCACUCUCUAUUGGUUCGGCCCUCAUUGGCGCUCAUCGAGCAAGUAUGGUGCGCGUUGGAAAUCGAGUGCAGUAGAGGCACACACGAUGGAAUAG